AUGAGUCGCUGCGUCUGGAUCAAUCUAUAUCCGAGGGGCCGCUACAACGGACCCUGGGUGCAUCCACAGCGGAGGACGCGAGCCGGGUCCCGGGCGACGGCGACGGCUUCUCCCCCUCCUGCCUUCGAGAUCUCCAUCCAGAACCGCUUCGCUCCCCUCCGCGAGACAGGACGCGACGCUGUGAUCAUCGGAGACUCCAUCGUCCGACACGUAAGUGCUACGUUAGCCGAAGGUAAAGUGCACACUCAUUGUUUGCCUGGUGCUCGUGUUCUCGAUGUUUCUGCGCAGAUACCCGCGAUCCUGAAGGACGACGAGAGCCCCAGAGCGGUCGUGCUUCACGCCGGGGUUAACGACACCACGCUGCGGCAGACGGAGAAGCUGAAGAGGGACUUCAGGAGCCUGAUCGAGAUGGUUCGCAGCACGACGCCCGCGGCGACGAUCGUCGUGUCAGGACCACUGCCCACGUAUCGACGAGGACACGAAAGGUUCAGUAGACUUUUUGCUUUAAAUGAAUGGUUGUUGUCAUGGUGUAAAGAACAGAAACUGCUAUUUGUUAACAACUGGAAUCUUUUCUGGGAGCGUCCUAGACUGUUUCGCGCUGAUGGAUUACACCCCAGCAGAGUCGGAGCGGAGCUUCUGUCUGACAACAUCUCCAGGACACUUCGCUCCAUGUGACUAGAUUUACAUCCCGUGGUAACUAGGAUUUACACAAGCUCCAGUCUGGAUCCAGAACACCUGAGAAGAGAUGAUGCUGACCCUCAGAGGACCUCAGAUGAUGCUAACCCUGAAUCAACAAACAGAACUAACAAUUAUUGCUAAAUGUGUGACUGAAUCAUAUAAUAACUUAAUUAAUAAUAUUGAUAGUUCAUCGUCUAGCUGACUACGUCUUGUAUUAUUAUUAUUUUUAUUUUUUCUAAAAUCCUGUCAAAUGUGCACAAACUACUAGCUACUACUAAAUAUUGUAGAAACAUAAUUUUCUGUAAAGUUGCUUUGUAACGAUUUGUUUUGUAAAAAGCGCUAUACAAAUAAACUUGA